UGAUUUUUAGCGAAUGACAACCACGGUCCACGAAUUUUAGCUUUUUUUUAAUACAAUAGUGAAAAAAACUUCUAAUUUUCUGUUUGUAUAUGUGUCCACUGCCACUCUGUUAGCAUGUACUGUAUACAGACUGUCAUUUCCAGCUGUCAGUGUCAACCAACGUCAACUAAACUAGUGUGUAGUUUCAAGUGCAAGUGGGAGUGGUGAACCUGUUCUUGUUGAUAUCAACGUCUCGAUUUCUGAUUAGUGCUCAAGAGACCUAAGUUAUCAAAAAACCACGAAACUAACCCGUUUUCCUUUUACUAGAAUCGCCACCAAGGAUUUCAAAGAGGCCACAGUGAAGGUGAUGGACUUGAGGCUGUGUCAGUGUCGGGGCAGUGUGAUGGCACCAUGAGUUCUGUGAUGGUGGCACAGUCCGGCCCAGAAUACAACAACAACCUAACACUUGUUAACGCCAACGACGCCUCACCCGAAGAACUGGCGCUCCUCGCUAAAUUGGAGGAGGCAAACCGGCUUAUAGAAGCCGAUGCCAAGUCCCUAAACUCCAUAUCUAACAACAGUGGACAUUCUCGGAAAAGCUCCGACACUUCACAAAUUUCUCUCACAUCAGGUACAAGUUCCAGUCAAGACCGGAACUGCGGGGAAGAUGGCGAGGAAGACGUGUGGAGUGUUUGGGGCCGAGUCGUCAACGACUGGGAGACAACUUACAAGAAAAAGACUGCUUUUGUCAAGGAGCUGGUGCGGAAAGGUGUUCCUCACCCGUUCCGAGGCAUUGUCUGGCCUCUGCUGUGUGGAGCGCACGACUCGUCCGUCAAGAAACAAUACGCAGACUACAUCAAAGCCACCUCAGCUUGUGAAAAGGUGAUACGAAGAGACAUUGCUCGGACAUAUCCAGAGCAUGACUUCUUCAAGGAGAAGGACGGAAUGGGACAAGAGAGUUUGUUCAACGUGAUGAAGGCGUACUCUCUACACGACAGAGAGGUCGGCUACUGUCAGGGCUCAGGCUUCAUAGUGGGACUGUUGCUGAUGCAGAUGCCCGAGGAAGAAGCGUUUGCAGUGUUUGUGAAGCUGAUGCAGGACUACCGCAUGAGAGACAUGUUCAAACCUACGAUGGCUGAACUGGGCCUCUGUAUGUACCAGCUGGAGAACUUAGUUCAGGAGCUGAUACCAGAUCUCCACGUACACUUCCAGUCCCAGAGUUUUCACACCAGUAUGUACGCCAGCAGCUGGUUCCUCACACUGUUCACAACAGCCCUCGCACUCCCGACGGCCUGCAGGAUUAUCGACGUGUUCUUGCUGGAAGGGAUGGAGAUCAUUUUCAAAGUGGCCAUCUCCCUUCUUACCAUCGGCAAAGAGGACCUCUUGUGUCUGGAUAUGGAAGGGAUGCUAAAGUUUUUCCAAAAAGACCUGCCGCCACGAGCGGACGCCGACCCUGACGGCCUGAUGAGUCUGGCGUUCAACGUCAAGUACAAUGCAAAGAAGAUGAAGAAGCUGGAGAAGGAGUACACGGUGAUGAAGAUCAAGGAGCAGGAAGAGAUGGUGGAGUUGAGGAGACUGAGAUCAGAGAACCGGUUGUUGAGACAAAGAGUCGAGCUUCUAGAGGCAGAGAGCAGCGAACUGGCCGACCGGUUGGUGCGAGGACAGGUGUCCAGAGCCGAAGAGGAGGAAACUACAUUCGUGGUACAGAGAGAGUUGGCAGCCCUGAAACACUCUCAUCUGGAGACGACUCAUCAGCUGGAGCUGGCACAUGAAGAGAUUACUAAGCUGUCGUUGAAACUGCAACAGAAUGACAACUCGUGUCAGUCGUCGCUGGAGGAGAUGACAGCCAAGGAGCAACAGUUGUGCCAGAAGGAGGAGUUGGUGGCUUGUCUGCAAGCCCAGCUGGUCAAGGAGAGGCUGCGGCAGGCGGAGAACGACGCGCUCAUCCGAGACCUGCGGGCGCGUAUACAGGAACUGGAGGAGGACAAGAAGACAUUGAGGGAGUCUACGGUAGACAACUCCGUGGCGCACCUGCAGGAGGAGUUGAUCGCAGUCAAGUUACGCGAGGCCGAGGCCAACCUGAGCCUGAAGGAGUUGCGACAACGGGUCACAGAGCUGGGACAACAGUGGCAACGGCAUCUUCAGGAACACAGAGUAGAAACUCCACCUGCUCCAGACUCCACACCUAAGAAGAUUGUCAGCAACCUCCUGUGGGACAACCGAGGACAUGAGGUCCAGAGACUGGAGGAGGAACUGAUGACUACCAGGGUCAAGGAAAUAGAGGCCAUCACGGAGCUCAAGGAGCUCAGACUCAAGGUGAUGGAGCUAGAGACCCAAGUACAAGUGUCAGGUAAUCAGCUACGAAGACAAGACCAGGACAUCAAACAGCUGCGGGAAGAUCUGGAGUCUGCUGCGGCCAGAGAGAAGGAGGCUGCGGCCAAGCUGCGGGAACAGCAGCACAGAUACACCGACCUAGAGUCUAAGAUGAAAGAUGACUUGAUGAUGUCGAGGAUACGAGACGCCGAACAUGCUCAGCAAGUAGCAGAAUUGGCACAGAAAAUAUCUCGCCUGGAGCUUAAGAACUCGGAGAUGGUUGCGGAAGGAGAGCUUCGAAGUAAUCUCGACGAUAGUGAUAAAGUUCGAGAACUUCAAGACAAGAUGGCCGACAUGAAAGCUGAGAUCAUGAGGUUAGAGUCGUGGAAAGCCCGACACACAGAUGGCGGGGCUCCGCUCCCCUUCCCCCGCUCUGGGUCCGUCGACACAGAGAGUGAACAUGACGAACAAGACUUGCAGCUGCAGCCCCCCACCUAACACCAGUACUACCCUCAAUGCCUACGACAAUGCAAACUCGAGAAAAUAAUUUGUUUAAUAAGGCUGUGAAAUCGGUCCAUUCAGGAACGCAAUUUGUUUCAAUCAACGGGAUCCAGACAGAUUAAAAUAGGGGUGUUUCUUCAAAAGAAAAACCCGGUUUUAAGGUUUUGAGCAGAAUCGCCUAGGGCGUUUUUUACUAAUAAGGAAAUAAUACUAUGAUAGUAAUUUUAUCCAUGUUUAGGAAUUAUUAUCGUAAUCGUAAAAAAUAUUAUUAAUCUUAACUAGAGUGAAUUAAUCAAACCAUUUGAAAUCUUAGCAAAUUUAAAUAUUUGUAAUUAACCUCAAAACAAGGAGUGAUAGGCUACAAAGUUGCUGUUAGACAAAUUGGAACUGAACAUGAAGAUAGACUAAAUUUUAAAACUACCCAUCGUUACAGGCAGCUUAAUUAACUUUUCAACCAACAUAAAAUAUAAAAUGAAGUGCCUGUAAGUUGUACAGAGAAAUCUAGCUUUACUCAUUCCGAUAUAAAUAUUGUUGCUUUUUACCAAUUUUACUGCGACUGACGAAUUAAAAUGUUGUGUGACUGUGUUUCACUCCUACAAAAAAAUGAGAAAAUGUGUCAAGAAAGACUACUUUGUGAAACUGUGCUUGCAGGGUCUUUUCUAUCUGUAAAUUAGACGAACAUACUCUUCGAAAUAUCAAUCUAUAAAUGGUUAUUGUAGAAUUUAUACUCGAUAUCGCAGUAUUUUGUUUACUAUAAACUAGGUGUAAGUUGUACAUUUCUAUUAGUUAUAACUAUUACUCUUUUGUUCCGUCCCUUAUUUAACACGUAAUAAAUUAUAGAUUUUCCUUAUUUAAUUAUUAUAGUUUAAAAUGUAUCCGAUGCUCAUAAUGGUGUGAUCGUAAUGUAACGUAGGAAACGUAAGAUUAGGCGUUGCAUGAUUAGAGUGUUGUAUGUCUAUGAUAUAAUCGGUAUGUCAUGUAAGAUUGUAAAUAGUAGAGAAAUUUUACAUAAAUCGAUGUUGCCCUGUUAGAGAUCUUUAUAUGUGCAAUGUAAAGGCACCCUGUAAUAUUCUUUUAUCUAACACUUUUAAAUAUUGAUUUUUUAUAUUUUACUCUGAAAGAAAGAUGCAGUGUGUCAAAUUCAGCAAUGUUUACCUACAGCAACCCUAACCAAUCCAUAGUACCUUUCAUACAUUCAUUAAUAUUAAUUUGGGUUAAGUUGACUCUUUAUUUAUGCUUUAAUACUUUUUGCGUACAAAACAUUCAUCAUUUUGGACCUCACACAGGAUAUUAUAUUAUUUGAGUUUGUGUGCUGUUCAUUGUAAAAUCUUUCCGACAGCUUCAACUCUACAUUCACACCCGACACCCGACACCCGUCAUAUCCUCCAGUAAGCUAGUUAUCACCUCGGGUGACUCAUAGUAUUUAUUAGAUGUAAGUUUAUGUUUGUGAUAAUUUAUUAGGGACUUGGCAAUAUUCGGUUCACCCCGGGACCAUGUAAUUAGUUCAGCAAUACAGUUUAGUGUGUUGCCUACUCUUACUUUUCUCCUAGUUUUCAGCUUAUUUUAACUUUUCGAACAGGUGUAAACAUUUUGAGUAAAUUGGUAACAAAUUUCCAAUUUACAACUGAUUUAAUCAGUGUUGAGAUUAUUCCAAAUAACCAAAUUGCCAAUUUUGAAAGUGGCUUAUAAAUUAUAAAAUGUCAGUUUGGUAUAGUGUUUUUUUUGUCAUUUAAAUGUUCAACCCUACAAUUUUUAAAUGGUAAUGAAAGUGCUCAGAGAUUUGUCAGUUUUACAUAGAUUGGGCCAAUAAUAGGAAGAUAGUGAAAAUUAAAUAUACAUUAUGUUUUUAAGCAACUGAUUGUUUGACUUUCAGUAUUCUCCAAACUCAAGAUACUUCCAUCAGAAUAGAAUAAACAUAUUUACUAUUGGUCACAAGUUAAUGUAUGAAAAUUCCACAAGUCUUAAACAAUCAAUCAUAAAGUUAGUUUUGUAACACUACUUCACAUUGUUUUUGUAAACCCUUUUACUAUUUAGUGUUAAUUAUAAAGCCAAGAAGUAUAGUACUAUUACCAAAGGCAACCGUUUAUUACUUUUUUUAAAUUUUAUUAUAAGAUUAUUUUGAAAAAGUUAAUAGUUUUUUUUAUGAAUUGUUAAAAGAGUAGGCCUUUUUAAUACUUAAAAUUGUAACUCUAAAUCAAAGAAUUAAUAUUUAGAGUAACUGUACAAAAUGAACUGGAAGCAUAGAUGUUUGUACUUAUUGAAUUGUAUUAAUUUUUACUAUGUCGUACUAAAUGUAUUUUAAAGACAUUCGUUCUUUUGUAACAAAUUGGAUAACUUUUAUAUAAGUUAAAAAAACUAUUUUAUUCUUAAUGUGAUAGUUGUUGGGUUAAAAUGAACCAAUAAA